CACACACCACAACAUGGAGGCGGGGCAAACAGCCACAUCUCGGUCAACCAGGAAACGCCAUUAGCGCUCUGUUGCUUCAGGGGGAAAAAAAGAAGGGGUUAGGCUUCGCUUUGCCCGGACUUAAAAAGCAUCGAAAGACAUGACCAGAGGAAACCAGCGUGAACUUGCCCGCCAGAAGAACGCCAAGAAGCAAAAUGAGCAUGGCAAGGGCAGGAAGGAUGAUGGUCUUUCCGCUGCUGCUCGCAAGCAGAGGGAUGCAGAGAUAAUGCAGCAGAAACAGAAAAAAGCCAACGAGAAGACUGACACGAAGUCAAAAUAGCCAGUGGGACACAUUGGGACUAGCAUGCAUUUUUGCAGCGGUUCCCAACAUUCAACAGCUUGCGGCUCACGAAAAGUUGUAACCAUAUAGACAGCUAAAAAUACUAUUACUGACUGGUAAUCAGUUGGAGAAAAUAGUCUACAAUGUGGCUUCAGAAAGGUCUGACUUAUGAGGGAAAAUCUUUGAGUUAAGUAAUGAUCUACCCAUUGUUCCAGAUAUGAUCAGUACACGCAAUAAUUAAAUUAUGAUACGUAAAUUGGUUUAAUCGUAUUUUUAACUGGUUAAAAAUAUCGAUGUGUAAUUCCACCACGCGUUAAACACACCUGUGUUACUGAUAAUUCUUGGUUCAAAUGUCAUGAGAUUGCAUCUUAAUCUUCUGUCUUUUGUCUCCUUUUGAUUUCAAAUCAUUUUCGAGUGUGUACUAGACAUGGAGCAGAUCAUUUUAAAGAGGGAGACUGCCAGUCAACAUAUGAAUUGACUUUCGAGUUUCUGUAUUUUUGUAUUAAACACCCUUAAUAAACUGUAAAUUUUUAAACAGA